AUGGAUUUGUGAGUUUUUUGGGGAAUCUAGAAAAAUGUGAAAAUCAAAAAUGUUGUAUUUCAGACUUCACUUUGCUUAUAAAUUACUUUUUGGCCAUGUGAAGAUAAGUAUGGAGAUUGUCCCGCCAAUUUUCAGAGUGAGUUUGGAAAUGAAAAAUUUAUCAGAAAAGUUCCCUAUCCAAGUCUUCAAACUUUUUUGUUAAAAAUCGUCCUGAAUUCCCAACAAAAAAAACAUUUCAAAAUUCAAUUUUCAGAAUUGUUCGAGUAUAUUUAUUCCAAACAAAGACGAAAAAUAUGCGAAUUGCACAAUCGAAGCUGGAAUUGAUCCUUGCUAUUUGUUACGCGAACUUCAUCGUGCCAAAGAAUUUCGAACAUAUUUUCUUGCCAUAAUUCCAAUAAUUCUCUCAAUAAUCGCAUGCUCUUUGAAUAUCUGCUAUCUUCUGGCACAAAUCAAAUGUUUCCGACAGGAAAAAGCGAGUUUCAAAAAGCGUCAGAUAUUUCUAAUCAGUCGAUCUCUUUCAAUUAUUCUUGCCAAUAUUUUGUUCUAUGUUGUUAUAAUUGUUUGGAAAAGUAGUGGAUUCAAUUAUCCGUCGGCGAUGAUUUUUAUUUUCAUCGGUGGUAUUAAUUUUGUAUCGGUGACGGGGACUUAUAUUGGGCUCACUAUUUUAUUGUAUACAGCAAUUGCUCAUCAAUUUUGGUAUAAAACUAAAUUGACGCUCAAACAUUGUUAUAUUAUUGUUGCCGUUAUUUGGAUCAUCUCAUUUAUAAGUUCGGUAAGGAUUUUCGAAUUUUUUGUUUGAUUUAUCUGAUGAUCUGGGGAAGAAGUUAACCAACUACAAACUUGAAAAUAUUUAGAAACGUAUUUUAUAUUUUUGAAAAAAAACCCUUGUUUUUCUCAAGUCUAUAGGAAAAAAUUAGAUUUUUCAAAAAAAAAAUUCAAUUCCAGUUCUGCGUCGCAUUCUGGGGAGCCACAUUAUUCUAUCCGGAAACUGCUCCAAUUUCGUGUUCAUUCGAAGGUUGCCAAAGACCACUUGUUAUCAUAAUCGGUUAGUUUGACACUUUUCCUUCUUUACUCUUAUCAAAUCUAUUUUUUAGUGAUAUCUUUGUCAAUAUUCUAUGGAACUGUAAUCAUCUUAUACGUGUUAAUGAUGUUAAGGUAUUUUUUGGGAGACUUCUAUGAGAAGAGUUCAAUUAUAUUUGCAGACUUCGUCGACUUGUCCGAAAAUCAUCUCUAGUUCGAGCCCGCUCGAAAUCCAACAGUAUGACAGCCCUCAAAAGACUUGGCCUAAAUAUGGUAACAUUUGCAAUUGGCAGUGUUCCAAUUCUUAUCGUUUGCAUAGUUGCAUUGGUGAAUUUGGAAGAUUUAUCAUCUUUAGGAGAAGGUGAUAAAAGUCCGUGCAAAAGUUUCAUCAAUAGUGCGUUAUUUGUCGAAGUUGAAGUUUUGGCAAGUGUUGCGGCUAUCGUAUGGUAGGACAAUUUACUGUCUCUCGGGAAAAAUAACCUGAUCCUAAUAUUUCAGGAUUCUUGCAAUGAUAAUUGAUCCAGUAAUCAAUAUUUUAUCUGAUGCAAAACUUCGAACAUUAAUAGUUCUACAAUUUACAUCAGUUUCGUCGAGUCUUCGAAGGUUUCGAACUGGAUCAGUCAAAUCCACAUUAUCAACAGAUGAUUAG